UGAUCAUUAUUUAUCAUUAUUUAGCAUAAAUUAUCUUCUACGCUGUCAAGUGUAAAGAAAUCGAGACGCUAUUGCUUAGUGCGAUUUCAAAUUACGUUGAUGUGCCCUUUUUUUUACAAGAAAGUGGAAAGGAUUAAUUUUUCUUUGUUUUUACGAAUGUGUUUAAUCCGAUAAUGUUUACACUGUGUAUCAUGGGCGCUACAUGCCACAUUGCAUAACCUCUAAAAUAGUCCAGAGCAGUGCGUGACAAAAAUUUUUAUCGUGCACUUUAUUUAUUCGCCUAAAUAGAUUUCCUUGUUUUACAAAGCGAUGGCAGGAUGUUACGACAAGCUGUCCUGGACAGAAGUAAGGGAUUUAUUGAGAACUUGGAGGGAAGAUUCCGAGCGACGAAGUAAAGAUGUAGUAGAUUUCUGGGAAAAUACUUUGAUGGGAAAGAUUGAUCGUUUGGGCAAUGAAAAAUAUCUGAUUCUGGAACAAGUAUGUGUAGCCGCAUUGGAUUGUUACCGACUACCAUUAGCUGAAUACUGCAUCAAAAUUUUAAUGCGUGCCUUUCCUGGCAGCUUGCGUGUUCACAAGUACCAUGCUAUGCAUUUAGAAGCAUUAGAAAUGUAUGAUGAGGCAAUGGAAGUUUUGGAUUCUAUCAUAAAAAGAGAUGAAACCAAUGCUGCACCAAGAAAACGUCGUGUUGCUAUUUUGAAAGCUCGAGGACGCAUUCCAGAAGCAAUCAAAGAGCUUACAGAAUAUCUGAAAAGAUUUAUGAGCGAUCAAGAAGCAUGGCACGAGUUAUGUGAUUUAUAUUUACAAGAACAAGAAUAUUCUAAAGCAGCUUAUUGUAUGGAAGAACUUAUAUUGCACAAUCCACACAGUCAUUUAAUUUACCAAAGAUAUGCAGAAAUAAAAUAUUCUCAGGGUGGAUUUGAUAACAUGGAACUAGCAAAAGCAUACUUCUGCCAAGCUGCGAAAUUAAAUCCAAAUAAUAUUAGAGCUUUAUAUGGCUUGUUAUUAACAACAAAUAAUAUUGCAACAUCGCCUAAAUGUCCUUCAUCUAAGAAGAAGGAAGCAAUGAAAUUGAGUGAAUGGACUAGUAGACAAAUUGAGAAACAAUAUGAAAGUAAAGUUGCAAAUGAGGACGUUAAAAACAUAGAACGUUUACUAGGACAAUUACAACUUGAAGCUUAGGUAAUUUUGCCAAUAUCUAUGUACAAUUGUAUGUUGAUAUAUUAAUUAAUUACUCUAUUAAUACCAAUCUCUAUUAAUACCAUUCUCGAAUUUUAAGUGCACCAUACGUAAUUAUCUUCUGAAUAUACAUUCGUAUUUCCAUACCUUAUUAUAUAUAUGUUAUUAAGUAAAUGUUAAAAUUAUCGAUUUAGCGAUCACUCU